AUGAGGACUCGUAGCCAGGCUGCUGAGGAAGAUGCGCUAGAGUCUCAAUUGCAGGCUCAAGAGCAGCAGCAGCGACAGACACCUCACCCCGGUGGGCAGCAGGUAUCGAAGAAGGCUAGAUCUGCGCCUAAAAAGGCCCUUCCAAUAUACCCUACACCCGUUGCUAGCAGUGCUAAGAAGGGCGACACUGCCGAGGCUCCUCAGCAGGCUGCUUAG